GACGAACCGAAGAGUUGGGAAGAUACUGACACACCUGAAUAUUACUUCAGCUUAGUUACUUUAGAUCAAGACUUCAAACCUUUUCAGAGAAACUAAAGAUGGCUACUGGAUGGUCAACAAUUACAAAAGAAAACACCAACUUUGCUCGAUUGUGUAAAUUACUCAUCGAUGGAGGAACUCAUGCCCUUAGAGUCAUUUUUGAUGCUAAACAUCCACCUCACGAUCUAAAGAAACAUUUGAUGGACAGCAGGAUUCAUAACAUCUUAAAGAAUUUGAAGGCUAAAAAACUUCUACGACCAGAGCAGUGGAACAGACUGUAUCCAAGUGUAGGAAUCGCAACAUCUACAGGUUUUGACAUAACUCUUUUAAGUUUACUGUUACGCAAUAUCUGCAAUUUGCCAACACCAGUAAAAGGAUGGAACGAAGAGCCUGCUACAGGAAGUGUUAACGCGGAAGAUGAUGUAGUAAGGUUGAGAUUAUAUCGUAACAAACUGGGCCACAUCUCUGAACCAGCUCUAUCAGACGCUGAUUUCAACAAGUACUGGAACGACAUUGAAACUGUUUUGUUAAGACAUGGUGUAAACAAGACAGCCAUUGAUAGUCUUAAGACACAAUCCUUCGAAACAGAAGAUAAAAACUACUACAUCAAAUGCUUAAAAGAAUGGAUCGCUGAUGAGGCUGAUAGAGUAAUUCAUGAAGUAAAGGAAUCAGUAACGGAAUCAGAAAAGAGAUUGUUGGAAAAAGUUGAUAACGUGGAACAGAAGGUAGACCAACUAAGUUCAGAGCGACCUUCAAGUCAACCCGCAAAAUCUAAAGAUGUGCAACUUUACUGCGAAAAACUAAGGGAAGCAAUAAUAACCCAAACCGACGAUCUACAACCAAAAGGAAUGAUCCAUGCACCAAUGAAGACCGACGAUAUUUUCACCAAUGUGGUUGUUCACCACGGAAAGGAAAGAUGUCCAGAACAAAUGCAAUCGAGUGGACAGCACCCUGUACACCGUAAAACGCUGACCGAAAUCAAGCACUGCAGUGAAAUUUUUGUUCACAAAGAUGAAAACCUGACUUUCCUUAAAACAUUACGAGCAAAAAUUCGAAAGCUCAGAAAAAAGAAUCCUAAGAGAAUAAUAGUUUCUGGGGAACCAGGAAUAGGAAAGACCUUGUUUUCGCAGAAACUUGUUAGAGAUUUGGCCAAGAAUUCCAUAUCAAUCCCUGACGCAGAGUACACUUACCUGAUUCCCUUCAGAUUAUUAAACUCACUUGACAAAGAACUCAGCCUUCAAGAGCUGCUUAAUCUCUCCCCUUUGCUCAACGAAGCCACAAUGAUAGACGACGCGCUAAUGGAAUAUUUCUCUCAGCAUUCAGAGAAAUUAUUGAUUGUCCUCGAUGGCUUUGACGAAUAUAAAAAUCGCGACAAUAUACUCAAAGAUGAUGAAGGACCCAAUGAUAGUAAAGCCAAGAUGCCAGUAACAGCACUUGUCAGCAAACUAAUCCAAAAAAAGAUCUUGAGUAAUGCAGUGAUCACGGUAACCUCAAGACCGGGCGAAGCCGACGAGCUGAACCAAAAAAUCCACUUUGAUCGCUAUGUGGAAAUUUCAGGAUUCUCAGAACAACAGGUUAUUGAAUUUGUUGAGAAAUAUUUCAGUACAAAACCAGAAGAAGUAAAAAACAUGGCACUUAGCAAGGUUAAAGAAAGCGCGCACUACAUUUCAUUUGGUCGCGUCCCUUUCCGUUGUUUGUUGAUACUAAGACUGGUGUCAUUGCGAUGCCUGCACGAGUUUGGUCAAGACAAACGCUUGACAAGACAAGAACUAAAUACAAACCGUGACUACAGAUACUGGUCUAGUGAUGGGUUGAUUGGAUUACUUGGUGUAACCGACACGGACUGGGAUGGAAUCGCUAUGUUAGUAGAAUCCACUGCUACAUCAAUAUCAUCACCACCACACACAUUGUCCAUUGGUGACUCACCGAUAACCAUUACUGGGAUAAAGAGAUUGAUGUCAUCACUCAGUACAAACUGUUCAAUCACUAGACUGGAGCUGUGGUUGUGUAAUUUGAAUGAUGAACAUGUAAAGUGUUUAUGUAAAGAUUUACAAAAGACAAAAAUAACUGAGCUAGACCUGGAUGGUAAUAAGAUAACUGAUGGUGGAGUGUAUGACAUCAUGGUACACUUACCCAGUAAUCUCACCGAGCUAGACCUGUCUCGUAAUAACAUAUCUGCUAAAUGUAAAAAGAAAAGUAGACAAUUCUGUAGUGAUAAAUAUCCUGGUCUUGAGUUAUACAUAUAG